AUUAACAACAACAAACAGGCCUUUGAAACCUGUCGGAUAUCAGGACAGGGACGACCUUCAAUUUGCCUGCCGUUUUCGCUUGAAGAGCCUACGUUCCCCUUUCCUCUUCUCUCCCCUGCAGUCUGUCGCUCUUUUUCCACUCCCUUCCCCUUUCGCCAAACCGGGCCGCCCACGACGCGUGUACCUCUCCACAUCGUCGCGAACAAUACAACGGGAGCUGAAGACCACCGAGAUGGCCCCGAUGCAUUCCUCGCAGUGCGCACUGCUGCUGUGUGCGGCUAUCAGCCUCGCCAAUGCCGUUGCGCUCCCUGAUCCGACGGCUGUACCCGUUCGAGUCGAGGUUCGUGCACCGAUUGUCACGCCUGCAGCCAUAUCGUUCGAUGGCAGAUACAGUUAUAUUGAGAGACGCAACAUUCUCAGUGACAUCGCGAGUGGCGUAGAUGGCGUAGCAAAGUCGUGGGCGAGCGUCUUGGGCUCAGACUUGCCAAGCUACUUCACCGACGGCAUUCAAGAAUGGCAAGAAUCACUCCCCACAGGCACGCAAGUCUUGUCAAAGCUCGGAAUCAAGGACAGCGACCUUGAUGCCAUACCGACCUCGGUGCUCAACGUCCCCCCAUAUGCCAACUGGACCGACCAGGGCUGGAAUGUGCGCUUCCACGGCAACGUCUACAAGCUGCCGAACAUCUCGCAAAGCAAGAUUGACGACCUGGCCGACGUCUUCCUCAUCGGCACCAGUGUUGCAGAGCUGCCAGAUGAAGAGAAGGCGAACGCGCGCAACCUUACGCGGUCCAUCUUCAUCGUCCAGCAAGGCAACGUGAACGUGUCCAUGUCCCUCGAGCCUGCAUCGACGCAGGGUGGCGAUGGUGAACCGGGCGGCGGCAAUGCCAUCACAGCACCAGGCGGCACUCAGAACCUCACGCUUCCCUACGAGACGACCGAUCUUGGCGACUUUGACGUCUUUGUUCCCAUAAAGAGCAAUGGCUUGCUGAAUGGAAACGAGACAAACAACGUGCAGCGACUCAACGUCCACACUACUGGUACCCUGACUGGCAACGCCACUGCCUACCUUGUGCCCACCGAGGGUAUCACGUUCAUCUCCGACAUUGACGACAUUCUGCGCGUGACCAAGAUCUACGAUCCUAAGGAAGGUCUACUGAACAGUUUUGCUCACGACUUCGUGCCUUGGAUGAACAUGCCCGAGAUCUACGCCAACUGGUCGCAGACUCUCCCCAACAACACACAUUUCCACUACCUGACAACGACGCCCGAACAGGCGACGCGCAACUACAUGGACUUCAUCUACAAGACAUACCCUGGCGGUUCGUUUGACACACGUCCCUUGAACUUCUCCGAUAUCAGCGCCACGCUGUCCAUUCGCAAAUUCCUCCUCACUAAGGUCUUCCAAACUUUCCCGCAGAGAAAGUUUGUCCUCAUGGCCGACACGUCCAACGCCGAUGUCAUGGCAGCCUAUCCCGAGCUCGCGCACGACUACCCAAACCAGGUGCAAUGCAUCUUCCUGCGCAACACAUCGUCAACGGACUCGAGUGAUUGGUUCCCGUACAACACCGAAGGCUUCAAGGGCUUGAACACGCGAUCGUACAUGUUCUUCCACGUGCCGGAUGAUCUGGCGGGGCUGGACAUUGCCAACGGCAACUGCUUGAACUCAACCAUCCCGCAGAACGUUACGUUCACGAGACAAGAUGAGGUUCUAGGCAUCCAUGGUGCAGGCGGAAAGCUCACAGCAAGCGCCGCAAUGAGCUUUGCAGUCGCAUUCGCUGCUACUGUAUUCUUCACGCUCUGAGAUCUAAGCUCGGCUUCCCUGAGAGAGGAGUGAGGAAAUACUUCGUAAGCGGCGAAGUCCACGUCAAGUGUCGAGCGCGAUGGAGGACGCGGAAGGAGUCGCUACUUGAGGCAUACUCGGUUGGGCGCAUAUGGAAGGAGCAUUUGUAUUCGGUGUUGGCUUGCUUUACGACUCGUAUCCUUUAACUCUGCAUUCAACUUUUGGUAAAUAGGGGCCCUAAGCCGUUUCCUUAGUCUACUAAACUUUACUAUUACCUUAUGUCACUUCCACUGAUAGUGCGUAAACAAGCACCAGAUGACGUUAAGAACGGCAGUAAACUGUUGAAACCUAUUAUGCACAUAGUAGACAACUUCCUAUUUCGGUUGAACUUGCGAGCGGAACUCUAUGCU